UUUCAGUUUCUUCUGCGUUUGUUUGACGACUUGUUCUCUAAUUUGUAUUUCUCGGCUGUCGUUUCCCAGUAUGCAAAUGAGUCGGUGACGUACAAGCAGCUCGUGCGCCUUGCUCCGCGCAAGUCACGUGGUCUCGUCACGUGGUCCCGACGCUGCGCUCGCGAGUGUCCUUGGAUUUAGAGGUGACGUCACCGUUCCUGUUUACUCGUCACCGUGGCGACGCCGCCGAGCUGAAACGAGCUGAGGCCGCCGCCCGAGUCACCCGCGACCCAGGACCUAGACCUGGACCUGGAACUGGACCAGUACCUGCGCUGCCGCCACCGGCGCGGUGAGCGGACAACGGCGACGAAGACGAGGUGAGGCAACUGAAGCGGGAUUCGCCAUGCUUCCGGCGCGCCGCGACGCACUGCUGCGGCAGAAGCGGGACGAGGCGCGGGAGCGCGCCGCCGACUGCGCCGCGCAGCGCCAGGCGGCGGGCGUCGUGAACUCGUGGCUGCGCGCCACCGACGAUCGCCACGCGUGCCGAGCCGUGCGGCGGGAAGCGGACGACGUCCUGAUGCAGCACGGCUUCUCCGUCCAGGAGCGUCGCGAAAGGCUCCGCGAGCUUCUGGACGAGGAGGAUCGACAGCUGGUCUCGGCGGCUCGCCGCGAGCGUGAGACGGCGGCGCAGAGGCAGGCGCACAUGUGCAACCGUGCCAAAAGUCUGCAGGACGCCAGGGAGGCGCAGCGGAGACAACUGGUCGCGCAAAAGUUGGACCAGCAGUUCAGGGCGCAGUCCCAGGAGCUCCGUGAAGCGCAGAGCAAGCGGCAACUUUCGCAGGUUUGCGAGGAGCGAGGCGCGCAGCUGCGCAGCCAGCAGGAGAGCGCCCGCCUGCAACGGCGCGAGGACGACGCCUUCCACCAGCUGUGGCAAGCCGACGCCCGCGCCAAGGAGGAGCGCGAGAGGCGCGAGGCGACCGACGCGCGGCGCUGCAGCCAGAUGCAAAUGGACUUCCUGUGCCAGCAGAUGGCCGCCGCCAAUAGCCAGCGGCAGCGCGAACGGCAGAGGUGGCAGGAGGAAGCAUGCCAGCAGGAUCAGGAAAUGCAAGAUCUGCAGCAACAGGCACAGCGCCAGCGUCGGCUGGCGCAGGACGCCCAGGCGGCUCGGCGCCGCGUACUGGACGACAGUUUGCGUCUCAAGAUGGAGCGUGUGGCAAAGGAGGAGCAGGACGAGCUCCAGGUGGACCUCAGCAUCCUGCAGCAGAUGCUCCAGAACGAGAGUCAAGCCCAGCAGGAGUCCGCGCACAAGAGGGUGGACCUGAGGGACGAGCAGCUGCGCUUUCGUCAGUAUUUGGCCGAGCAGAUGAUGAGGCGCAAGAAGGACGAGGAGCAGAUGGAGCAAAUGAUGGCGGAAAAGAUGAAAGAGACGUGGGACAGACGCGAACGACAGAACCUCCUGCAGCAGGACGCCAGGAACCGACUGAUGAACGACGUCAUGCAGUCACGACGACUGCAGACCGCGCAGAAACAGCAACGUGACUUUCAGAGGCGCGCGGACAUCGCCAAAGAGCGAGUGGAGCAGGACGCCGCCGUGCGGGACAUGAAGCGGGCCGACGAGGAGGCGUCGAAGAGGCAGCGUCAGGCGUACUUGGCGUACCAGGCGGAGCUGCGGGCGCAGAUGGAGCAGCGUCAGCAUCUGAGGCGGGAACGGGAGGAAGAGGAGUUCAGGAUGCAGCAGCAGCUGCAGCAGAUGGAGCAGCAAAAACUGCAGAAGAGAGAGCAACUCCUGGCCCGGGCCAACGACGGCGUCUCGCACCCGUUCAGGAGCGCGCUGGCCAGCGGCGCUCAGGACCCUGUCAUGUUUUCGCCGCAAAAUGGAGAAGAAUCGGGAUGAAAGCAAGCGAGCGUAUGUCAUCGUCGAGGUUGUGAGAGUGAAGCUGAAAUAACUUCAUUCAGGGUGUCAAACUCUUCCAUCGCAAGCCGUAUUCGAGCUCAGACCAAAAUUAUACGUGGCUCUUUCCCCCCCAAUAUCAAUAACAAUUUGAAUUUAGCAACUUUUUGAGGUGUGUCCAGUGCUGACAGAGCCACGCAUAAAAAGCUAUUUUUCAAAAGUUCUUAAGGAUUUGAAAUUUGAGGCAGCCAGAGUAAAGGCAAUCCUUCUUGGCACAGCAAACGGUGCUGGCCCCCUCAAACACACUUUUCAUAACGCCAACAACUUCCUGAAAAUGGUGUCAGCUGCACAAUUUCCGAUAAUUGGGGGGGGAAAAGUUUGAACAAUUUGCUUACAGGCUCUUCAAUGAGGGGAUUUGGUCACUAGCUCUAAGCUAACAAAAACACCAUUUGAUGGGCCAGCAGAAAUUGCCAUCGAACUCACGGCACUUAUCUCAAAAUAAUAAAUAUUGGUACACAAACAUGCAAACUGUCAAUAUAAUAAUAUUCUCUGGCAUGUAUUCUUCAAACUGUGACAAACGAGUUAUAAUCUUGCUGGUUACAAUGUUCUACUUUCUUUGUGUGUAUCUCAGUGGGAGGUUACUUGAUGUAACUAACCCAUUGGUUAAUCAUAAAUGGGUCAGUUUUUCCCUCAUA